GGUCAGUGGUCACACACAAAUCAGGAUUGGUAGAGCCCAUCUCUGCGCCCUGCCUUGCUGGCUCUGACCUCUCCCUCCCUUCCCCUUCCUCGAUUGUUCCUCCCCCUUCUUUUAUUAGGGUUUUUUUUGUCUCCUUAGAUUUGCGCCUGUUCUCACCUGUGCGCAUACUAGUCUCUGCAUCAGAGAGUAGAGACCUCGGAGCCGAUCUUCAACACGCAGAUUGGGCAGAGCUGCCUGCCGGAGGGAGAGUGGAGAGAGAGAGAGAGAGAGAGAGAGAGAGAGCUCAAGGGGGGCAAAAGGAGUUUUUUUUUAUCCAGCUUGUUAGCUUGAUUCUCUUUGAUCCGGGAGAGCAGCCGCCAGUCCAACUAAUCCUAGCUAUUGGUGUGCCGGGGCUUUGAUUGUUCUCCAGAUCCGAGCCACCUGCUGGGUGGACUCCAGGAAUCCGAGCACGAAGUUGACAGGGGAGUUCUCAGGGAAAAGGGGAGGAAGGAAGAGCCUGAAAGGGCGGUGCGGAGAGAAAGACUAUAAGAGCGACCUGGGUCCCUUGAGGAUGCCGUCAAGAAACCGCGUGGAGAGGAGGGCGAUGAGAUGAGGGAUGCUGGCCGCGGUGAUGGACUAUUUCAGCUCCUGCUGGGGCCCGCGAUCGGGUGACGGGCACAGGGGGAAGGGCCCCGACGCCGCCGGCCGGCAGGACGGUCUCCUCUGGUACAAGGACGCCGGUCAGCUCGUCACUGGGGAGUUCUCCAUGGCCGUGGUGCAGGCCAACCAGCUGCUUGAGGACCAGAGCCAAGUGGAGUCCGGAUCGCUCUCCCUGGCUGACCCGGGCCCGCAGGGCACCUUCGUCGGCGUCUAUGAUGGCCAUGGCGGUCCUGAGACGUCCCGGUUCAUCAAUGACCACCUCUUCAACCAUCUCAGAAGGUUUGCAACUGAGCACAAGUUUAUGUCAGCGGACGUGAUCCGGAAAGCUUUCCAAGCAACUGAGGAGGGCUUUCUUUCUCUAGUCAGCAAGGAAUGGUCUUUGAAGCCUCAGAUUGCUUCAGUGGGCUCCUGCUGCCUUGUUGGUGUAAUCUGUGCUGGGACUCUCUAUGUUGCAAACCUGGGUGACUCACGUGCAGUUCUUGGAAGGCUUGUUAAGGCAACUGGAGAGGUCGUGGCCAUGCAGUUGUCAUCGGAGCACAAUGCGUGCUAUGAGGAAGUUAGACAAGAACUGCAGUCAUCACAUCCUGACGAUCCACAUAUUGUGGUUCUCAAACACAAUGUUUGGCGAGUGAAGGGUCUCAUCCAGAUCUCAAGAUCUAUUGGAGAUGUAUAUCUAAAGAAACCAGAGUACAACAGAGAACCACUUCACAGCAAGUUUCGGCUUCGAGAAACCUUCCAGAGGCCGAUCCUUAGUUCUGAACCUCAAAUUACUGAACAUCGAAUACAGCCAAAUGAUCAAUUUGUUAUAUUUGCUUCUGAUGGUCUAUGGGAGCACCUCAGCAAUAAGGAAGCAGUUGACCUUGUCCAAAGUAGUCCACACAAUGGAAUUGCUCGGAGACUAGUGAAAGCGGCGAUGCAAGAAGCUGCCAAGAAGAGGGAGAUGAGAUACUCAGACCUCAAGAAGAUCGACCGUGGUGUGAGAAGGCAUUUCCACGACGAUAUAACGGUCGUCGUGGUAUUCCUUGAUUUGAAUGCCAUGAGCAAAGCUAGCUGGAGCAAAAGCCCCUCGGUUUCUCUCCGAGGGGGCGGUGUCACCGUCCCUGCGAAGUCCCUCGCACCUUUCUCAGCUCCGGCACGGCUGAACAGCACCUACUGAAGUUGCUACCACUCUUGAAAGGAAGAACACGGUGCAGAUCUGCAGUGGUGAGAGAAAAAAAAACAGCAAUCAAGUGUAGCGUUACAGUUACACCUGCUGUGUUGUUGCUCUUUGCAAAACUACUGUCUAGACUCCGCCUGGUAAUUAGUGUACUGAUAGCGAGGUAAAAAAAAGUUAGAUUAUUUGUUAGCAGCGGCAGUGAUUUGACAUCUAAGGAACAACAACACGGUGUCCACCGAUUCUGCUAUCCUGAUGGCUCGCGGCAGCCUGGCUGGUCGGCACACGACACGAAGUGAAGCUGUUUUACUGGCGGCAUCUGGCUUUGUUAUCUCAUGGGACAGUGAUCCACAAGAGUAAGGGAUCAGCUCAAUCCAAAGUCAAUAGAUGUUCCUUAUAAAACAUAGAGGUACAGAUGUUCUCAUCGGCUAUGUGUAUUUGGGGAAAAAAUCAAUAUAAGGGGUGUUUGGUUUUUAGGGACUAAUUUUUAGUUCUUCUAUUUUAUUAUAUUUAUUCCUUAAACUACCAAAUACAUAAACUAAAAUUCUAAUUUAGAGACUAAAAUAGAGCUAUUAAAAAUUAGUCUCUAGAAACCAAACACCCCUCAGAAAAAAAAACACAAGAGGCUACGAUAUUCCAGAUCUAGAGUAUUAAUCCAAGAAUUUACAUUCUGCAAUGGAUACAAGCUUCCUUCUGAAAGAUUGGGAUUGGGAUUGAGAGAACUAGAUACAAUUGAAUUGAUCUUUGUAAGGGGCAGAGCUGUGAAUGUAUUGUUUGCUAUACACGU